GGCAAAUGGCGGCGGGGAGGAGGAGGGCGGGCGGAGCGGGAGUGCUGAGGGGAGCCCGUGAGAGGCGGGCUCUGCCGCCAUGGAGCACAUCACCACCCCGAAGGUUGAAAAUGUGAAGUUACUGGAUCGUUACACGAAUAGGAAGGCAGCAAACGGGACAUUAUACCUGACAGCCACCCACCUCAUCUAUGUGGAUGCUUCUGCUGAAGUCAGAAAAGAAACAUGGAUUCUGCAUCACCAUAUUGCAACUGUAGAAAAACUGCCUCUGACCACAGCUGGCUAUCCACUCCUUAUUCACUGCAAGAACUUCCACAUGGCUCACUUUGUUAUUGGGCAGGAACGUGACUGCCACGAAGUCUAUACCUCAUUACUUAAACUUUCCCAACCAGUGAAGCCUGAAGAGCUUUAUGCAUUCUCCUAUAAUCCUAAAAUGUCUAAGGAGUCCCGGGAGAUUGGCUGGAAGCUGAUUGAUCUGAAAGUAGAUUACCAGCGGAUGGGAAUUCCCAACGACUGCUGGGAAGUAACAGACAUUAAUAAAGACUAUGAGGUUUGCAGCACGUACCCUCCAGAACUGGUGGUGCCCAGAGCUGCUAACAAGGCGGUGGUGAUCGGAAGUUCAAAGUUCAGAAGCAGAGGACGGAUUCCGGUGCUUUCUUACUUAUAUAAAGAAAACAAUGCUGCCAUAUGUCGUUGCAGCCAGCCCCUCUCCGGGUUCAGCGCACGCUGUCUGGAGGAUGAGCAGAUGCUGCAGGCCAUCAGAGAAGCCAACCCUGGGAGCCCCUUCAUGUAUGUUGUAGACACAAGGCCAAAGUUAAAUGCCAUGGCUAACAGAGCUGCUGGGAAGGGUUAUGAGAAUGAAGAUAAUUAUGAGAACAUUCGCUUCAAAUUUAUUGGCAUAGAAAACAUCCACGUGAUGAGGAACAGCUUGCAGAAACUCCUGGAAGUGUGUGAAAUGAAGUCCCCCUCAAUGAGUGAUUUCCUCACUGGGCUGGAGAACUCAGGUUGGUUACGGCACAUUAAGGCUGUGAUGGAUGCAGGUGUCUUUCUUGCCAAGGCUGUGAAGGAUGAAAGUGCCAGUGUGCUGGUGCACUGCUCGGAUGGCUGGGAUCGCACAGCUCAGGUCUGCUCCCUGGCCAGCCUCCUCUUAGAUCCCUUUUACAGGACUUUUAAAGGCUUCAUGGUUCUGAUAGAGAAGGAGUGGAUUGCAAUGGGCCACAAGUUCUCACACAGGUGUGGCCACUUGUAUGGUGACCCCAAGGAGGUCUCCCCUGUCUUCACCCAGUUUGUGGAGUGUGUCUGGCAGCUGAUGCAGCAGUUCCCCUGUGCCUUCGAGUUCAGCGAGCGUUUCCUUCUCGAAAUCCACGACCACGUCUACUCCUGCCAGUUUGGCAACUUCCUGGGGACCUGCCACAAGGAGCGUGAGGAGAUGAAAAUCUUUGAGAAGACCCAUUCUCUGUGGCCUUUCCUCUUACAGAAGAAGCAGGAAUUGAGAAAUCCUUUGUACAGAGGAUUUACAGCUUACAAAGAGCUUCAACCAAACACACUACCUUUCAGUUUCCAGUUUUGGUGUGGGAUGUACAAUCGCUUUGACAAGGGCAUGCAUCCCAAGCAGUGUGUGUUGGAUCAUCUGCUCAGCUGCCUAAACCAGAAGGUGAAACUGGAGGAGGAUGCAUCUGAACUGGAAAAUAAACUUCCUUUCCUUGAUGGUCCUUUGCCCAGUGACACUUGCUCCUUCUCUAAAGUGGGAAGUGCUGCUACAAAGACACCAAUGCUCAACACUCCUCAGGAUUACGAAGGGGAGGCCCCUCCUGUGCUGAGCAAUGGCUCCUCAGCAGAGGAUGCAGAUGUUGUGUCAGACAUGGAGCAGAAGCACACAGAGAACCUGGCUCCUCACCACGACCUCCAUCCUCUCAGUGCCACCGUUGGUGUUUUAGACUCCCCAGUGAAGGAUGGAAAAGCUCAGCAGCACCAUUGAGCAGCUCUGAGAACUCUGUUCAGCCAAACCAGGCACUGGUGGUGGUGAGGCAGGGGGGAGCUGUGCCCCUGCCAGGGUGUCCACCACCAUUUCCAGCUCCAUGUGAGUAGGAGGGAGCUGUGCUCCUGGGGAGGGGACAGCCUGGUUGCCUUUGCUUUGGUGUGCAUCAUUUGAUGAAGAUGCAGACAGAGCUUCCCAGAAGGCUGCCUUGACUCAGUGUAAACCUUGAUUUUCAGUGGAAGCAUGAUGUGUGUUGGGACUGCCUGCCAGCACUGGUUUUUCAGGCUAAAAGAAAUCUUGGUCAGUUAAUGUGGGGCUGUGGAGCUGUGCAGUGGUUAUAACCAGAGCAGGAAAGGUGCAACCCAUUAAUUCUCAGUGAUGGUGCCAGGUCAUCUUAAAAAGAUAGGAAAAUUUUAAAAUGAUUAAAAACAAAAUCAGUCAUCUUCUUAGCUGUGAAUGAAUCUCUGCAUGGACCCUCACCUUGUGGCAGAACUGAUUCAUUUGUUGGUUCCUAUGCAUAUUUGUUAAACAAAACCAAACCCCCCUGUGCCUUUUUAUGGAGACCACUUUAAUGUCCAGCCACCCAAUGUACUGUUUUUAUUAUUGUAGUGUAGAGUGUAGUAUUUGCUCCCCUUUGUAGUCAGUAUUUUUAAACAAGGUUUUUUUUAUCUGCUGCUGGCUUCUCUCAAGAUCUCUGCUGAUCCCCUGAGUUUAGUAGCUUCUAAGUUAACCUUACAAAGAAUAAGCUUUUUUAGGCCUUGUUUACUGAUUGUGAGCAUGCAGCAAGCCACAAAGAGAGCCUUUAACACAGGAAUUUUUGACAGAAGGAGGAUUAGAAAUGAGAAAAGGUAGGAAAAAAUUAAUAUGGGGAUUUUCCCUCUUCUUUUAGGAUCUUGGUUAAAUUGAAGUGAGAGUAAUUCCUUGUUCUAAACUCUUUGUGCUUCCCUCAGGUCUGUGAGGCAGUAACUACAGAUGAGGUGUGUACUGCUGCUGAAGUGGGACCUAAAACCAUCACUUCAAGUCACAUUGCUGAGUGGUUAUAGUGAAUAUUGUCUUGGAUGCUGAUGUUAGAUGACCCUCAGAUGUUCUGUCUGUACUGUCAAGAUGUGAGGAGUGAACAGGCCUCUUCUGACCAUGAACUUUGUAAUUAAUGGCACAGAGAGUCCCUUGGUGCAGCUUAAUUCUUAAGAUGCUUUUCUGCUUUCUUUUGGAUCCUGCUGUUUAAACUAGCUGCUGCCCUUAGGUCUUAAAAGAACAGUUUCUCUCUUUUAUAAAAAUUUUGAAACAAACUGAAAAUACUUUCUAUGCUAGACCUUGAAAUAAAAAUGAAAAGGAGAAACAUUUCAUUGUUGCACUGUAAAAUGCAGUAGCCAUUGCUAUAAGGCAGUGGUGAAAUGACCAGGUUAGUUUCAGUGUUCAAGAUAAAGUAGAAAAGCAAAAAAUCCCAACCAGAACUCUCCUGAGUGUCUUGCUUUGAGUAAGAACACAUCUGUUUUUAUUUAGCAUAUCAAAAGACCCCAAGAAAAAGGACACCUGCUGACACAGUUUCCUUAAUACCUGUGAUGGCAAAGAGAAACUUCUUUUUGAUGUUGCAAGGUUUUCAGUCUUAGAGCAAGUCAUAUCUUAAGUAACUUUUAAAAAUAGUUGCUUGCAAGGUAGGAGUGAGAGAGCUACAGUGUAAGCUGGGUGUGCCAGCUGAGCACAUAACAGACUGAACCAGAUAUGCUUGAGCAGAUGUUGGAAAAUGGUUGGGGGGGGACCUGUCAAAAAUCCUGCACCCUGCAACAGCUCUGUGUCUUAUUUUGAAGGACGAACAUUCCUGAGUCCAUCUUCUCUUGAUCUGAAGAUGAGUGUCUGCUGUUGAGUCUCUUCACUACUAUGAAGAGAUCUCCUAAGCUGCUGACACAAAGUUAUUCUGCCAGCCUUUAAUUUUGCCAUAUCCAUGUCUUCCUCCAGCAAAGAGACUGCACCUGAAGGCUUUUUCUUUUACUCCAGCUGCUCUGGAUACCCGGGGUGUGGACUCUCCUGUGGAUUUCCACUGGAGGGUGCUGGGGAGGUGGUUUCCCUUGGUCUCUUUCUUGUGCAGAAGCUCAGUUUCACAUGAGCACUUAGCAGUUUAGAGCCCUUUUGAUCUGGACUGGGAGACCCAACCCUGCCUUUCUUUUCUAGGUGGAGGGAGAGUGGAUAGUAUGCAUGGCUUCUUAAACAGAGAACUCUAAAAUGGCAGCUGAGACCUAGGCAGGGACUUGUUAGGACUGGUUACUCCAGAUGGCAUCAGUUCUUUUAACUCCUUCUGUAAUGAAAAUUGGAGAUAGAGAAUUGCAGAGAAUUUUGACUGCUGAAGGAUUUAGACAUGCCAUUGGUUAAUCUUCCUCAGAAACAUUUUGCAGGUUUCUGUGUUUGUUUACAUGCUGUCUCCUCUUUUAAAUUACAAUAGAUUACCCUGGAAAAGCUAGAAUCUUAUAUUCUUGUCCCCCAAAUGUGAUGCUGACAUCUCCACGAAUUCUUCUUGUCUACAGUAUGACUACAGGUAUAUAUAACCAUGGAAAGUCUACUUCAUACACUGAAAGUAUUAGUAAGCUUUUAGUAAUCUUGCUGCUUUGGGCUUCAGUAGCAAAACCAUGGAUGACUUAGUGCUUUGAAAUACAAAAUCUAGCCCAAACAAAAAAAAGUAAUGUACUUGGAUUCAAUGUACGUGGAUGGUCAAAGUCUUCAACAUAGUAAAAAUCAUUCAUGCUGGUGCUGUAGAUUUUAAGAUUCCAGGGUUUCCUGGCUUUCUGUGAGACUAUUUGUUUGAAAACCAGUUAGCUAGAAGCUUUUUUUUGUGCUUUUUAACUCUUGGGUGUUUCAAGACCAAAAAUGACUGCAGCAUGUCCUCAGGACUCUGCUCAGCUGGGCAUGGCUUCCCAGAGCCUUGCAGGAAGCCUGCAUUCCCUCCUCAGAGUGCCCUGCUGACAGUGGUGAGUGACUGCAUUAUAUCUUCCCUGAAAGUGUUAAAGAAAUGUAAAAGCUGUCACAUAGGAAUCUUCUUCUUUAAGCACUGUGUAGGGGUGAAAAACGACUGUAACUUAUUUAUUCCCUGUGGAGCAUCCCUGCCUGGGGAAGUCAGAAAUACUGUUUGUUGUUUGGAGCUGUUGAGAGCACAGUGCAAGUUGCUUCCAUUUGGGUUCCUCACUGGGAGGCAGGAGAAGCCCUGUUUGUUCUCUUUGUCUCAAACUCUUCCUUUUCUGGAGCCCCUCUUGCUCCCAGUAGGCACAGCACUGCACUGGGCAAGUGCCUGGCCAUGUUCUGUGUUAAAGUCACUACUUGGAUGUAGAAAAGGGACUUGUGGAGUUUUAUUUCUUCACUGAAAUGUCUUCAGGUGAACUUGACAGUGCUGGGUUCCUCAGUUGUGUUUUGUCUGGCCGUUGUCACUUGUGGGGGGAAUCCAAGCAGUGCUGUUGGCUUGACAGGAAAAAAAGGGAAUAAUUGGUUGGCCCAGAGAUAUUGUAGUUCUCAGCCCUUGCUUGUGGGAGAGAAAAAGCAGCUUGUUAAAGCCUUCAGGCAUUCUGUACUUCUAGCUGUAUGUUCUGCUCCUGGUGAAUGCCUUUUGUUUCAGUGCUCAGAAGAAAAAACCCAGCUGCUCUUUAGGUGCUUGUUGGCACAUAAAGCUGCCCUGACCAGGAUGGGGAGGGAGGCUUAAGUACUGAUUAGCUUCAGUUUGCUGCAGCAAAGCCUCUCAAAUCCUGAUGAGAGAGAUGUGCUGAGCAGGAGAACUCAAAAUGUAUCUGCUGCUUGGCUUUUCUCCCCUUCCCCCACUUUGCUUUGAGUGCUGGGCUCAUAUUUUUAUUUUAUUUUUUUUGUUAGGAGCUACCAUUCCUUGUUUACAUCCCAUCCCUCUUGCACACACAGGCACUUCCUGGCCCUCAGGGUGGAGUGGAGGGAAGAAUCUGUUCUGAAUGUAGUAGUUUUGUUUUUAAUUAAUACUCAGCACUGGACUAAUUAGAUGAGGAAUGCUUCAAACCCUGUGAUGUUCCAGUCCAAGUUUUCCUCAGCAAUCCUGAGCACUGAGAGCAGUCAGGUGGGUGCCAGUGGCAGUGGGUAUGACUUUUGGGGACAGGUAUUUUGAGUCCUUUUGCCAUCUCUGAACUAGAGAAGCAAUGCAGAGAGAGAGGGUAGGUUAACACUGCUGACCUACAUCCCUCCUCCCAUCAUUUAUCUGUGUCUGAGUCUGUAUUUCAUGUAGCAGCAUUCUUACUACUGGAGUAACUUGUAGCACUGGAUCCAGGCAUGUGUAACUGAGCACACAGCUGUACUCCUCCUGUCAUCCACAAACUGAUCUUUGUAGGAACUGUACCUAGAAUUGUGUGUAGUACUUGGCUGGGAAUUGUAAAUGUUUUUGCUGUUUCUGUAAGUCAGUUGCUGUUUUUCUCAGUGUAACUGUGGAGGGAGAGUUGUGUACAAUUGUGGGUGAAGAAACCCCCUACUCCUGAAUGUGCUGCAGUGGCUGUGUACCUGUAAGUCCUUUUAGUUAAUGCACUGCUUAAGAAAAAAGGAAUUGUACCAUGUUUAGAAGAGCACUGUGUCUUUAUUUUCUGUAAAUGUAUUUGUUCCAUGAAUUUUCAUUUGUAUUACAGUUUAUUUUUAUUCCUUACAAAAAUAAAUACCUUGCCUUUU